CCACUCGCUUGAUUUGAAAUAACUUAUUUAUUGAAAUCAUAACACGACAGUUUAUUAGCGGAUAAAUUAGUGCAACAUUAAAGAAGCUCUUUUUAUUACUUAACAGUUUUAUUUCUCAUAACUUGACUUAUGAGAAUGGGAAAACAAGUAAUUUGUCAUGAUAUAAUUGUAUGAUUAGUUAAGUUUAAUUUAUAAAUUAUGAAAGAAAAUCUGAAAAAGGUAUGUGAUAAUGCUCUGAAAGAAAGUUAACAAAUAGUUUAGAUGCAAUUUAUUUUCAAAAUCUUCAAAAACCUACAAUUUACCAACUCCGAGGAAGUCUUCGCCAAAUUAACCCUUUUUAACAGAUUUUCUGUGAGUUCUAAGCCAAUUUCCUAUAUCCAAUCGAUAUGCAAAUGGCAACCGUAACCUGGUGCGUAAGGGGACUGCCAAAUUUCUAUAGAAACUGAAACAAACAAAGUCUGUGCCUGGGAUUGACAGAAUUGUCCUUCCCCACAAAAUUACGUAAAGUAAAGGUUUAGUUGGCUUUGGUAUUGUGAAAUACGCACUCAUCAAAACACUUUUCAGGCUGCUGUCAUACAACCAAAUGAAAAAUAAGAGUCACAAACACAAUUUCAGUUGAUAAAUCAAGAUUUUUAAAUUUUUAAUGCUAUAUCAGGAGAGUUAUUGUUGAAAGUUAAGAAAGUUUUCUGUGCACAAAUUCGGAGAAUCGGCCAGAACAAUGGCAACCAAACCAGGGAAGGGUGAUGGCAAACCCGUGAAGGGGAAGAGGACCUCCAAGAACAAGACCGAUGGCGGUGGAGGUGGUGGUGGCGAUGCCGAUGACUUCGAAGCCUGGAUGAAGUCCCGCCAGCUGCUCAAGCCCGAUGACCAGCUGGAUCUCACAGAGGCCGAGCUUGGCGAGGAGAUCACAAAGGUGCUAACACCCACCAACACCAACGUUAUCCGCAAUCUUGUGGUCUAUAGCUUUAAGGAAGGCGAGUUUGUGCUGGCUCCGGUGCCGGGUAAUACCGUCACUCUGAUCGCCUUUCCUGGAAAUUCACUUCACGUGGACUCUGAGGAGGGUAGGCGCCAGAUAGAGGAGUCUGAUGAAAUCGGCUAUCCACUUCCCAUGCCCAACUACACGGUGGUGGAGCAGCGCGAGACCGAAAAUGCUGAUGGGGAGGAGGGUGAAGGGGAGGAGGACGAUGAUGGCGCCAACGCAAAGGACGCUGGUGGCGAAGAGGAAGAGGUCGAGGAGGAGGACGACGAGGAGGGCAAGGGAACCGAGGGCGAUGAAGGCGAAGGGGAGGGUGAAGGGGAAGGUGCCGCUCGAGCCGAUGAAGAGCCCACCCAGCAAGCUGCGGCCAUUUCUUCGAAAAAACGAAAACUGAUUAAUCAGUUCAACUACUGCGAACGGGGUGCUCUCACCGUUUCCAACCCCAAGAGAAAUGUGGACACCCAGACCAUUCCUCCGCCCCGCUCCCAGUUCGGGGCCAAUGUGCUACAGUGGAACAUCUACGAUUCCUAUAUGGAGAACUUUGCGGAACAACAGAAGGAUGGUGGUAAGAAGGAAGACCGCAAACGUGGCAGAAGGGAAAAGAAGUUCAGAGACAAGUCGGCCAUUGCUGAGCAACUUAACAAGAAGUAUCUAAAGUGCUGGCAGAUCCUGGAGCGCAUGAUCAACCAGAAUAUCUAUGAUGACAUUGCCCAUGACUAUCGCUAUUGGGAGGAUCCCGCCGACGAGUUCCGGGAUGGAGAGGGUAACCUGUUGCCCCUCUGGAAAUUCCAAUAUGACAAGACCAAGAAAAUGAAUGUCACCGAUAUCUUGUUUAAUCCUAGCUAUUACGAUCUAUUUGCCGUUUGUUUUGGAUCGCACGACUUCAUGAAGCAAACCAAUGAGGGUUACCUGUGUCUCUUCACCGUCAAGAAUCCUUCAUUCCCGGACUACAUAAUUCAAACCGACAGCGGGGUCAUGUGCUGCGACAUCCAUCCUACGUAUCCUUUUCUGGCUGUGAUUGGACUUUAUGAUGGAAAUGUGGCUGUCUACAAUCUACGCGAGGAUUGCAAGGAGCCACUUUAUGUGUCCAAAGGAGUUAACUGCAAGCACGGCGAGUGUGUGUGGCAGAUUAGAUGGGGUCGCGACAUGGCCGAUGGCGAAGUGAACUUCUUCUCGGUGUCUUCCGAUGGGCGGGUCUUCAACUGGAUCCUCAUGCAGAAUAAAUUGUGGGUAACCACGAUCAUCACAUUGUACCGCGAGAACGGACUCGUAGAUGGACCUGAUGGGACAAAGGUCAGCCUGAAGAGCGGAGGAUCCUGCAUGGUGUUCCAUCCUACUGACAACCAGGUUUUUCUUGUGGGGACCGAAUGUGGCUUCAUCUACAAGUGCAGCACCGCCUUUAGUUCCAAAUAUCUGAUGACCUACAACGCCCACAACAUGUCCGUCUACCGUAUUGACUACAACCGCUUCAAUAGCAACAUAUUUGUCUCCUGCGGCGCCGACUGGCGGGUUAAAGUCUGGGAGGAUAUGCGGGCUGAUCCGCUCUUCAUUUUUGACCUCGGUGCCGCGGUAGGCGAUGUCAAAUGGGCUCCUUAUUCGAGCACCGUAUUCGCUGCGGUCACCACUGAGGGAAAAGUGCACGUCUUUGAUUUAAAUGUGAAUAAGUACAAACCUAUCUGCGUUCAAGCUGUGGUGCCGAAACGCAAGAACAAGCUCACUAGGUUAUCCUUCAACGAGAAGCUCGCCUUCAUUGUGGUGGGCGACGAAAAGGGAGUUACAACAUCACUAAAGCUAUCGCCCAAUCUCCGAAUGAUGGUCAAACCGCCGAAGAAGCAGCUUUAUCUCGACCAGAACACACUGCAGAUUGGCAAGUUGGAGAAGCUCCUUUCCCUGGUCCGGGAGCUUCCAGAAGGAACUGUAGUACCCGAUGCAGCCACAACCGUGCGAAGCUAAAUCCAAACAAGAGAUGGCUAUUAGC